AUGUCUGCGUUUCUAGAACAACCUACCUGGGGCUGGAGAGCAAGAACCAAAUGGGGAGAGGCUGGAGGUGGCAGACGUUGGCAGCAGGGGGGACUUAGUGCUGUGUCCUCCCCGCCCCCCCAGUGCACUCCCUGGAGGAAGAAUGCCUGCUGCUCUGUCAGCACCAGCCAGGAGCUGCACAAGGACACCUCCCUCCUGUAUAACUUCAACUGGGACCACUGUGGCAAGAUGGAGCCCGCCUGCAAGCGCCACUUCAUCCAGGACACCUGUCUCUAUGAGUGCUCCCCCAACCUGGGGCCCUGGAUCCAGCAGGUGAACGACAGCUGGCGCAGAGAGCGUUUCCGGAACGUGCCCCUGUGCAAAGAGGACUGUGAGAGCUGGUGGGAAGACUGCCGCACCUCCUACACCUGCAAGAGUGACUGGCACAAGGGCUGGAACUGGACCUCAGGAUCUAACAAGUGUCCAGCUGAGGCCGUCUGUCGCACAUUUGAGUCCUACUUCCCCACUCCUGCAGCCCUGUGUGAGGGCCUCUGGAGUCACUCCUACCAGGUCAGCCAAUACAGCCGAGGGAGUGGCCGCUGCAUCCAGAUGUGGUUUGAGCCGGCCCAGGGCAACCCCAAUGAAGAGGUGGCGAGGUUCUAUGCCUUGGCCAUGCUCCAUGGGAUUGGGCCUCUCCUGCUCAGCCUGGGUCUGAUGCUGCAACUCUGGCUACUUGACUGAACUGCUUCCACUACUGAUCCCUGGACAUUUUCCUUACCUGCACCCACCCUGGGUGACCUGGGCUCAGUCCAGCUCAGCUCUCUCAAUUAGCAGACUUCACAAUGCCCUGGUUCUUAUGCUGUGACAGUCUAUUCAAAUAGAGAGAUCCACAUGU